AUGCUUUCAGAGUUCGGAUUGGGCUGCGAGUACAUCCGCGAGAGGAAGAAGAGAGGCAAAGCGUCACGAAAAGACCUUGCCGCGCAAGCUGCCGCACAAGCAGGGACAACAGGCGCAGAACAAGGCCCAAAAUCGCCUUCCGACGACAAUGGGCAGCCUUCGGAGCAAUCUGAGCCCAAUAAUGCCAAGGCAGCGCCAUCACUAGGCACGACGACAUCUCAACACGGCCACAUCAGCAAGGCCAUGGACGAGCUCAGCGAGGACGCCAUGCACCAAAGUCAAAGGACUGGUUCGCUAGAUAGCAUAGGAGACAUGGUUAGCCACGAAGCCCACAUGGCAGCUCAUCACGGGAUGGAUAGAGAUCAACUCGAAAGCCCGACAACUAUGGAUCUCAACGGCUACGGGAGCGUCCACGGAGGAUACGACAGGCAAGGCCUGGGCGCACACAUAAUGCCGGGACCGGCCCACGCAGCGUACGGCCCAACUCAGGGCGGCAUAUCAGCAUAUCCCGACAUAGCAUAUCCCAUGCAGACGCAGAGCCCAACGGCAUAUACCAAUGGCGCGCCAUUCCGCAUCGCAGCCAGCCCGAUCAGUGCAUACCCCCUGGGUGGUGAGCCGACGUCUCCUGGCUGGAUAUCCAUGUCCUCUCCGCCGGCGGCGCAAUACCAGUCUCACAUGCCUCCGAGCAGCUACGGUCACCCCGGUCAACAGCAACUGCGAUACCCGGUCCUGCAUCCUCUGAUGCCCCAUCUUGGAAACCUCAUCCCGGCGGCUCUGGCAUGCGACCUGAUCGACCUCUACUUCGCAUCCUCGUCCUCGGCACAGAUGCACCCAAUGUCACCAUACGUCCUAGGCUUCGUCUUCCGCAAGAGGUCUUUCCUCCACCCAAGCAAACCGAGACGCUGCCAGCCUGCUCUGUUAGCCAGCAUACUCUGGGUGGCAGCCCAGACGAGCGAUGCACCCUUCCUGACCAGCGUCCCCUCAGCACGGGGCAAGAUCUGCCAGAGGCUGCUGGAGCUCACCGUCAGCCUGCUCAAGCCGCUCAUCCACACACCUUCAGGAGACACAUCACCGGUGACCAGCCCCGCCAUCGAUGGCGUGGCACUCGGCGGGCUCGGUGUUGCGCUUCCCGGAUCCAUCAGCAUGGACGCGCUGACGGGCGAAUCUGGCCCAUUCGGAGCCGCCGGCACCCUCGACGAUGUUAUUACCUACAUCCACCUCGCCACAGUAGUCUCCGCGAGCGAGUAUAAGGGCGCGAGCCUGCGGUGGUGGAACGCGGCCUGGUCGUUGGCUCGAGAGCUGAAGCUCGGCCGUGAACUGCCGCCAACCCCUCUUUCCAUGAACCAAAGCAACGGACACGACGGGGACGGCGCAGACGGCGAGGUUGAAGAUGAAUUAGCAGGCAGCGGACACCCGGGCGUCAUCACAGAGGAGGAGCGUGAGGAGCGCCGUAGGAUAUGGUGGCUCACGUACAUCGUCGACCGCCAUCUGGCCCUGUGCUAUAACAGACCCCUGUUCCUCCUCGACCUUGAGUGUGCCGGCCUGCUGCAGCCAAUGGACGACACGGCGUGGCAGAAUGGCGAGUUCAGACCCGCGCACGUCACCACAGACCCUAGCCUAGGAGGAGACGCCUCAAUCGGUGCCGGCGGCGUAUCGAGCGGCCGUGUGCGUGGUCCGCACUUUGAGUGUACUGGACACAGCAUCUUCGGCUACUUCCUCCCGCUGAUGACGAUUCUGGGCGAGAUCGUGGACCUCCAUCACGCCAGGAACCACCCGCGGUUCGGUGUGGGAUUCCGCUCGGCUCGCGAGUGGGAUGAUCAAGCCAGCGAGAUCACCCGUCACCUUGAGGCGUACGAGAAGAGCCUCGGUCGAUUCGAGCAGCUUCACCUCACGCGGGUCAAUAACAACCUCAACCUCGAUGAUAACGGCGACGUGAUAGUAGCCAACCCUGAGGGCGGUAGCGUAGACCACGGUCCGAUUGUCGAUAUAGGCACACCCUCUGUCCACUCAGUUCACACAACCGCUUCCUCCUCACUAAAUCGCAUGACGGAGAGCGACAUUCAGACUAAGAUCGUCAUGGCGUACGGUACGCACGUUAUGCAUGUGCUGCACAUCCUACUCGCGGGCAAAUGGGACCCCAUCAACCUCAUCGACGACAACGACCUCUGGAUCUCGUCGCAGGGGUUCAUCACCGCGACUGGCCAUGCUGUCUCGGCGGCCGAGGCUAUCAGCCACAUUCUUGAGUUCGAUCCAGGCUUGGAGUUUAUGCCGUUCUUCUUCGGUAUCUACUUGCUCCAGGGGUCGUUUUUGUUGCUCCUUAUCGCGGAUAAGUUGCAGCUUGAGGCGUCGCCUAGUGUUGUCAAGGCGUGCGAGACGAUUGUGCGCGCGCAUGAGGCCUGCGUUGUGACGUUGAACACAGAGUACCAGCGCAACUUUAGCAAGGUUAUGCGAAGUGCUCUGGCGCAGGUCAGGGGACGGGUGCCGGAGGAUCUCCACGAGCAGCACCAGCGUCGACGGGAACUGCUUGCUUUGUACCGGUGGACCGGCGAUGGAACGGGGCUUGCGCUCUGA